UUUUUUUUUUUUCUAUUAGAAAGGAUAUUAAGCCUUUCUUAUAAUUAUCAAAAUAUGCAUACCAAAUCAAGCAAGGGCAUUAAGGAGGUAAACAUUAAUCAAUGCAGAAGUGAUGAACAUCUUAUGAUUAGUGUUUAGCAUUCAUGUACGAUAGUCGUUUCCAUAGAAUUAAUACAAAAAUUGAACAAAUACAAAACUAAGAAAUGGGUAAAAUAUUAUCUGUUCAAAUCAUUUAUAAAUAAAAUGGUUUUUCAAAGAAAUAAAGUACUGAAUUGAUCAGUCAGUAUAACUCGUAUCAAAACCACUUUCAAUGAAUGCCCAUACUUGGAGCCAAAAUUCAUACCUCAAGAAACCUAACUUCAAUGCUCAAACAAUAACAAUUACACAUAAAGAUGUCAAUCACUUUUGAGUUUCUAGUACUUUCAGUGGACUCAAAAUAGCAAUAUUUAAUUCUUUGCAUAUGAAGAAAACAUACAAUGACAAAUCACUCUGUUAAAAAUUCAUUGGAAUAGAAAAUUGCAUGGCAAGGCAAUUAUUUUUCACCAUGCUGAGAAAUCUGGUUUUUUCUGGGAAAUUUUUCCCGGAAAAGAAAGUGUACAAACUUGUUAUACAUUAGUGUUGUUUCUUAUUUUCUAGUAGUUGGCCUCAAUAAAUACGAAAACAAGUAUCUUAAUUGCAAAAACUUUUGUGGGCAUAUACAAAAAGUUGCAUUAUUUCCUUCUAAUAAAGUGGCACAAAACAUGGAACAGUGAAAGAAAAAAAAAACAACAACAACAAAAACAAUUAUCCACAAGUGCUCUAAAAAAAUCAGAACCUAAAUUUAGAACAAUAGAGUUAUGAUAUUGAUAUAGAAUUCUAUUCUAAAUUGAGUCAAACUAAUAAUGUAUAUCUAUGUAUACAUCAAUCUAUUUUUUCACUUUCCGAAUAAUUUUCUCUACCUCACAAUCCAACCAACCCAACUUUCUUUGCAUCCAAUCAAUAUUAGUUUUCAAACUUUCUUUUCCCUAAACCAUCUCAUAACCAACAAGCCCUAACUAUGGCUCUGCAACUUCAUCCAUAACCCCCUAAACACUAAUCCAAUCCCUACCCAUUAAGGGCAGGAUGGCCAAUGGGAGCUCCCAACCAGCUCCUCCUCUCUCACUCCACCACCACCUCCACCUCGGCCUCCUGUCUCUUCUACUCUUCCCCAGUCUAGCCCUAGUUUCAGCCGCCAUUCGACACGGCGUCGUUCGUAAACCCUUCGCCGACAUUUCCUAUUUUCGUGAAGCACCGGCUUACCGGAACGGAGAUUCAUGCACAGGACACGGCGAUAACCGGAGAAUCCACGUCAGCAUGACGCUGGACUCGAAUUACCUCCGUGGCACAAUCGCCGCCGUGCUCUCCGUCUUAAAACACUCCACGUGUCCCGAAGACGUGGAGUUCCACUUCAUUUGGGCGAGGUACGAUCCCGGUGUUUACUCCACCAUCCGAUCGACCUUCCCGAACUUAAACUUUCGAGUCUACCGAUUCAAUUCGAACCGAGUCCGAGGCAAGAUCUCUAAAUCGAUCCGCCAAGCCCUAGAUCAACCCCUAAACUACGCGAGAAUUUACCUGGCUGAGAUCAUCCCGCCGGACGUGAAACGCGUGAUAUACCUGGACUCCGAUCUGGUCUUAGUCGAUGAUAUCGCCAAGCUGUGGAACGUCGACAUGGAAAAUAAGGUCCUAGCGGCACCGGAGUACUGCCACGCCAACUUCACGAACUACUUCUCCGGCGAGUUCUGGUCGGACCCGAACAUGGCUCGGACAUUCGAGGGAAGAAAACCUUGCUACUUCAACACAGGGGUUAUGGUGGUGGAUCUAAAGAGAUGGAGAGGAGGUGAGUAUACGCAGAAAAUGGAGGACUGGAUGGCCGUACAGAAGAGGAAGAGGAUAUACGAUUUGGGGUCUUUGCCGCCAUUUUUGUUGGUUUGGGCCGGAGAUAUUAAGGCCGUGGACCAUAGGUGGAACCAACAUGGGCUUGGAGGUGAUAAUUUAGAGGGCCAAUGUAGGAGACUGCAUCCAGGCCCAAUAAGCCUUCUUCAUUGGAGUGGGAAAGGGAAGCCUUGGUUACGGUUGGACUCAAGGAGACCUUGUUCCGUUGACCAUCUUUGGGCCCCAUAUGACCUUUUUCGUCUUUCCUCAACUCACACAUUUGAUGGGUAAAAAUUAAAAUAAAAAUAAAAAUAUAUUAUAAUGUAUAUUGGGAAAAAAAAAAAAAUACUAAUUGGGUCAUGUGUUUAAUGCCAAUAUACAUACAAUCCGCUUUUAUAUUUUGCUAAACGACAUUUUCAACUAUGUGUUUUGCAAUAUUAAUCAAAUUCAUAUUUUGAGCUCAAUUUUAAUCAAAUAAUUUUUUUAAUAUGAUUUAUUUUUGAGUCAACUUUGAAAAACAAAACUCGGGUAUUAAUUUAUUUAUUUGAUCGAAAUUGAGCUUAUAAUAUCAAUUUGAUUAUUUAUUUAGUAAAACACAAAGUUUGAGUUGUUUAACAAAAUAUAAAAACCACUAAAUACCUGGGUCGAACUGGUAAAAUAAUUUAGGGGUUAUGUGCAAAAUCUUCUUAUGUUUCUUUCUAAAAUUUGAUUCACUUGAAUUAUGUGGGUAUGAGCAAUUUGCAGCUUCUUUUUAGAUAUAUAAAUAGAGAAGAGAGAUAAUUUGGUAUUAAAAAAAAAAGCUUAUUAUCAGAUGAAGAGGUGGGGAAAUGUAUAAGCUUCUGAGUUGUUUUGUUGAGGAAAUUAUGGACAUCAAGCCGUAGAGGGUAUAUAUAUGAUAGUAUCUUUUGCUUAGAUUAGUUUCAGAUGACCAUAAAAUCCUCUUACCGGAGUUAUUUCCAUGUUCCUCUAACACAACUCUAUUUUUUUUAUAUAUAAAAAUAUUUCCACAUUCAAAUGUAAUAAUAUGUGUAUAUAAUUGACUUGUGAAUUAUUAUUCUAUUUUUUUACACAU